UAACUAAAAACGAAUAGGAAACAAUUGAAUACGGCGCGCGGCGCACAACAUUCCAUUUCUAUCACACAACCACGACGUCACAUUCCAUCUGUUUAACUCUGUCGUCGACAUUGGUUGACUUUAUUUAUUAGUAAACAGUACCACUUGUUAUUAGCUAGAUUCACUUUGUUUUUUUUUUGUUGUUCAACUUCGCCUCAAAUCGUGAUCGUGACUGAUUUUAGAUUUGUUUUAAUAGUAUGUAUUGUUUUGUUGUUUCAUUUUAAUGUUAAUUUAGCAAUGUUUUUUAAACCAACAUCCUUUCAUGUACUUGAGAAAGAAAAUACCGAAAAUCUCAUAACUUGGAACUAUCCAUCAAUCAGCGAUGAACUUAAGACUGUUUUAAUAAAAACUUGCUUUUCCCACGGAGUAGAAGCCUGUGGACUGUUUUAUUUCAAAAGAUUAGGAAAACAAUGGAUACAUAUUAAACAAUUUAUUGUUAACAACGAUAAAGCAGCUGCUGUAAUUGUUGUAUCGCAAUGCUUUCAACCAAAGUUAUAUGAAACACUAUGUGAUUUGUUUGCUGCACAAUACAGUCGCAGUGGAAGUGGAGCAGACCUGGUCAAACUUUAUUUGCAGAUCUAUACCAAAAAUGGAAUUUACGAUAACGAUGAUUUUAUUAGUUUAAAUAACUUCACCUGGAAAACCAAUUUAAAAGGACUAAUCAAGUCUUUGGGAUUAGAAACAAUUUUAAUAUAUAAUGCCCUAUUAUUAAAGAAACAAAUACUAGUCUACCAUUCCAGCGUAGAGGAUUUACAAGAAGGGUUAGCUUCAAUCACCAAACUUGUAUUGAUAAGAAAACCAGAAGAUCUGCUACUACCCUUAGCAAAUAGUUUAUCGGAAAUUAAAGAGGUGUCGACAUAUAGUUUAAUUGGUACAAUAAACAAGAAUCUAUUACAUCAGAGAAAUAUAUUUGAUGUAUUUAUCGAUCUAGAAUCGCAAUCGAUAACACUUACUGAUAAGGCUAGAGAUGAUUUCCAAAUGAGCUCUUUACACAAAGAAAUCGCCCAUUUUCUGGUACAGCUUUCCGAAAGUGAUGGAAGUGAACAGGAUUUGAUAACUGCUGUGGCUCGAAAGACGUCGGAUCUUUUUAAAUACCUUAAAUCCUUUUGCGACGAUAAAGAAGAAGGAAUAAAAGUUACCAGCAUAGAAUCUAAAUUGUCAAAUAAAAAACUAGCAAUAUUCUUAAUUAAUUUAGCCAUGACUGAAAAUAUUUUGGUAAUAUAAGCUCUUUGUAUUGC